UCACCGCAAGCGAGCGCUGCGAGCCCCAUACGCUACGAGUCGCACUACGACCGCGAGCUGCGUCGCACGCGUCCCGCGCCACGCACCCCAUACGCGUAAACACGACGCCGAUGUACCGAACGCGAAAGCGAAACUGAAAACGAAACUCCAAAAAAUUCAAAAAAGAUAGUCGACAACGCUGAAAGUGAGAGGGACGUGCGUACGGCGAUCGCGUAAAUACGCGGUCUGCAAAAAGUGCCGCCGUCAGUGAAACUAGUGAAAAGUUUUUUCGCCGCGUACGGGGAGCCACCCCUCGGUGCCGGAAAAAAUCGGCCCCUCGCGUCCCUCGCCCGCCCGCCGCCGAACUUUUCAUUCACCGGGGAAAAAAGUGUGGCAAGGCCGCCCGUGACGUCACCGCGUCAAGUGGCCACGCGCGCGUUUCCUAGCAACGUGUUGUCACGUCUCGACAGCGGCCCUUCUUACGGAAACUUGGGACCGUCUUAGAAGUGCGGCCGACUCGGUCUCAGUGUUAUUAUGAUAGUAGUAUGUGACAAUGGUGCUUAGCCGUGGAAAAUGUCGGAGAUGUGUUGAGUAGUGACAUGUAGCAAUAGCUUGCAGAUAGCAGACUCUAUGUGUAGCACGCAGCGCGCUCGGGUGUCGAGGAUGCACCUGACGGGCGCCAGCAGCGGCGCCGUGUCGCCGGACACGAGCUCCACGCUGUUGCACGAGACGUACACCAAGAUGACGUCCGACAUCCUCGCGGAGCGCACGCUGGGGGACUUCCUGUCGGAGCACCCCGGCGAGCUGGUGCGCACCGGCAGCCCGCACUUCGUGUGCACCGUGUUGCCGCCGCACUGGCGCUCCAACAAGACUCUACCUGUGGCGUUCAAAGUGGUCGCACUAGGCGACGUGGGUGACGGCACGCUGGUGACGGUGAGGGCCGGCAACGACGAGAACUGCUGCGCCGAGCUCCGAAACAGUUCCGCGGUCAUGAAGAACCAGGUCGCCAAAUUCAACGACUUGAGAUUCGUCGGCCGCAGCGGUCGCGGCAAAUCGUUUACCUUAACGAUAACAGUGUCGACCACGCCUCCUCAAGUGACGACGUACAACAAAGCCAUCAAGGUGACGGUGGAUGGGCCUCGGGAACCUCGGUCUAAGACCAUGCUGUCUCUCCUAGGGCAGCAGCAGCAGUUCCACUUCGCGUUCGGGCAGCGCCCGUUCCCGUUCCCGCCGGAUCCGCUCGGCGGAUUCCGGAUGCCGCCCAUCACUACUUGCCAAAAUAUGAGUCAGUUCGGGUUAAGUUCGAGUAACUCACACUGGGGCUACGGCGGUGCGGGCGCAUACCCCGCGUACUUGCCGUCGUGCGCUGCGCCCGCCGCCUCGCAGUUCAACCCGCCUGCACUCGGCUUUGCCGGUACCGUGCCUGAUCAGACGCCGACGCAGGACUUCACGGCAAAUAAUACUGUUUUACCGGACACGACGGGCGUCGACUUGGACCAGCAGCUGUCUGGCCUAGUGGGCUCCUCACCUUCACACCACGGCAGCCUGCUACCGCGCUACAACAACAACACCGACUACAGCCUGUCGACGGGACCGCGCUCGUUAAGCGACAACAGCUCACAACCCGAGUCCCCUGUCCAGGACGAUUUGCUCACUUCAAACACGUCCACAAACAUCGGCCACAAUCACACAAACAGCUCGAACUUCCCGUCACUAAUGGGAUCUCAAAACUCAUCGUACGGGAGCAGUAACUGUAACAACUCGCUGUACCCCGUCCUCCCGGCGAGCUUGUUAUACAGCCAACUGUAUACGGCAGCUAACCAAACACACAACUUCCACCCGCUACAUUCAAACUCGAUACACUCGACACAAAACCACCAUAAUGAGCUGCAAACUAUGAUGGACCAGAUCUCGUCGACGACGAACAAUCACCGGCAGCACGGUAACCACGGCCAGGAGCUGCUGCUAGGCGGCGGGAACUCGUGCGCGGCCGCCGCGGCCAGGGGCGAGGACGGCCGGGUCAAUACUCUUGGACAAAGAGGUAAUCCGCAGCCAGACAGCAACACCGUGUGGCGACCCUACUAAACAAUGUGACGCUUCUUUUAUUGUAUUCAUACGGACAGUGAGUGUUUGUAGAUAGAUAUACGUCUAACUGUGUGCGAUACCUCGGAUAAACCUGUAGUGUGUCCAUUUUGUAUUUUUCAUGUGACGAAAAGUGGUUUUACACUGUUUCGACGUUUAGAUUCGAGGAGUGUAAAUUGACGUAGUUCGGAAUAGAUUGGAAGCUGCAACGAAAUAGAUUUUCGAUGACGAAUUAAUUAAUUUGUGCGUAAAAUACCGAAUACAGGUAAUUUGGUUAGUUUACAUUUGUACCUAGAUCCAAAGUUCGCUCCCGUCCUAAAUUUAUACGAUUUUGUUGAUUUUAAUGAUAAAACAGUCUAGAACACUUUGGUCAUAAUCUGGACUAAACUAGGAUAAUAUUUGGAUACGUGUUGGAUUAAACUUUGACAAACAUUGUGGCUAGAUUAGAUCUCAUUACACAUAAGCUGCGACUACGUUUGAAUAGAGCAACGUGUGUAACAAAUCUGACCUUGACCGCAAACAUUGGAGGGACAUUUCAAAACCAUUGAUUAAACUUGUAUAUUAAACAACGCAAUGGAUGUAGAUAAUUGUGUGAAUUUCGGCUAAUGCUGAUCGGUGAGAAAGGAGUUGUAAAAUAUACUUUAGGACUUCACAAAUGUCAGAAACUUGUAAAUAAGAACUGUGAAUAAUAAUUUGUUGUAAAUGCAUCUUGUAAAGUGCAAUAGAUGUGCAAUUAUAAAGUUGAGUAGAUGUAUACUUAGUGUUAAGUGACUAUCUGUUGACUAUGUGAACUCUGUCCAGUUGUAGAUCUUAGAUUUUCUUUGUUUAUGUUCUAAUAUUAAAAUAUCGAGAUUAUUUGUAUAGUUUAUAUUUCGAAAUUGCCUAAAUUUUGACCAUGUUUUCAAAUUGUUUAACUUUACAACGUAAAUGUAUUUAGGGAAAAUCAAUGUUUGAUUGUCAGUUAUUUUUAAAUGUUUCUUGUGCAAUAAUGAAUAUUGAAUGUACGUUCGUGGCAUUUGUUUAACUUGCAUAGCAACACGUGUAUGUUCCGUUUAACGUUAUCAUUAUUUCUGUUGACUACAAGUAGCGGAAUUCAUUUUACAAUAAAUAAAAUCUA